AUGAGGAGCCUCACGCACACAGUCGGCGACACGGAGGUCAGAAUGGAGGAAUGCUGACUGACGUCACAAUGCGUCAACGAAUUUUUCGCUGUCUGUUUCCGUCACAUGUCUGUAUGCAGCCGCCGACUCUCCCCACAGCGAGGCCGGCUGAGGCGGACACACCCGUCAGACGUGUCGAGCUCUCCAUCGACACCGGACGACCAGGUACCUCAACCAACACAUGGCACUCUCGUGCUGCCAAUACAUACGCUGCUCUAUGUGUGUCCGUGUAUAUAUGGUGCGCCUUCAGGUGAGCGGGUCGACCAACGUCCUGGCCACUGCUGGGGAUGUGAGCGCGGUGGGAGAGCGGACGGCUUACCAUCGCAGCCCCGGCAGCUCAACGACCGACGAGGCUGUGCCUUCGUGGGGAUCGCCAAGAUUUGGCCAGUGUAUGGGCGGGCCCACAAGCCAUCGCUGCCUCCAUUUUAUAUCACGAUGUCUCUUUGGCUCUUGUGCAUGGCAACCGACCGACCUCUGUCUGUGUGUGUGUGAAUGUGUGUGUGUUGCGUCUCCACUCUUGAGCAAAAAGCAAGACUCCGACUUCUUUGUGUAUGCGUGUGUGUGAGCAAAUCGAUCAACCAACCAGCUGUACACGGGACGGAUAAAGUGCAUCCAAACGCAGUGGUCUGCAAUACAGUGAGCCACGGCCAUACACACACACACACACACGAAGCGUUUCAGUCCACACUAGCUGAUCCACCUCCACAGACUCUCGAUGCAGAUCGCAUCUCCAGAGGUCCACAUCUCGUGCAUGUCCGACAACAAUCGCACCAAUGUGGCCAUCGAUUCCACCGAUGGCCAAAGGGAUGCGAUCGCUGAGGGACACGUCCGAAAUGUAACCACCGAGGGGCGCUCCAACCAAUACCAGCUGUCAGCUGCAUAA